AUGGCGGUGGUGCGGGGCACCAAGCGGCGGCUGGCGGAGCUGACGGUGGACGAGUUCUUGGCUUCGGGCUUUGAUUCUGAGUCUGAAUCGGAUUCCGAAGGAGCCCCAGAAGCGGAGACGUGGGCGGCGUGUGAAGCCGACCGGAGUGUGGAUAAGCCAGGCGGAAGGCCCUCGUCCAGUCGGCGUAAAGGUCGUGCGUCUGAGCAUAAGGACCAGCUCUCUCGGCUGAAGGACAAAGACCCGGAGUUCUACAAGUUCCUGCAGGAGAAUGACCAGAGCUUGUUGAACUUCAGUGAUUCGGACAGCACCGAGGACGAGGAGGAGCAGCUGCACACUCUGCCCGACACGUUGGAAGAAGCAAGUGGGGAGGAGGAAGAUUCGGAUGAGGAUGAGGUCCCCAGAGGACUGAAGGGGAAGAAAAGGGAUUCUGCUCCUGUGACCCUAGCCAUGGUUGAGAGGUGGAAGCAGGCAGCAAUGCAACACCUUACUCCGAAGCUGUUCCAUGAAGUUGUGCAGGCAUUCCGAGCUGCUGUGGUCACCACCCAAGGAGACCAGGAAGGUGCUGAAGUCAGCAAAUUCCAGGUCACGGACAGUGCUGUGUUCAACGCCCUGGUCACCUUCUGCGUUAGAGAUCUUUUUGGUUGUCUCCAGAAGCUACUGUUUGGGAAAGCCCCCAAGGACAACAGCAGGGUGCUGCAGCCGUCCAGUAGCCCGCUGUGGGGGAAGCUCCGGCUGGACGUCAAGGUCUACCUGAGCUCAGUCGUACAGCUGGUGGCCUGCGUGACGGAGGCGACAGCAGCGGCGGCCGUGCUCCAGCAUGUCAGCAGUUCCGUGCCGUACUACUUGACCUUUCCCAAGCAGUGCCGCAUGCUACUCAAGAGGAUGGUGAUUCUGUGGGGCACAGGUGAAGAGACGUUGCGCGUACUGGCGUUCCUGGUCCUCGUCAGGGUCUGUCGGCACAAGAAGGCUGUCUUCCUGAGUCCUAUCCUCAAGCAAAUGUACAUCACCUACGUGAGGAACUGCAAGUUUACCUCCCCCGGCACCCUGCCCUUCAUCAACUUCAUGCAGCGGACCCUGACCGAGUUGCUUGCCCUGGACACUGGCAUCGCCUACCAGCAUGCCUUCCUCUACAUUCGCCAGCUCGCCAUCCACCUGCGCAAUGCCAUGACCACACGCAAGAAAGAGACCUACCAGUCAGUGUACAACUGGCAGUUCGUGCACUGUCUCUACCUGUGGUGUCGUGCCCUCAGCACUGUGUACCCCAGCGAAGCCCUGCAGCCCUUGAUCUACCCCCUCUCGCAAGUGGUGAUUGGCUGCAUCAAGCUGGUUCCCACUGCCCGCUUCUACCCCCUGCGCAUGCACUGCGUGCGUGCUCUGACCCUGCUCUCGGAGAGCACCGGCACCUUCAUCCCAGUGCUGCCCUUCAUACUGGAGGUUUUCCAGCAGGUCGACUUCAAUAAGAGGCCAGGGCGCAUGAGCUCCAAGCCCAUCAACUUCACUGUGAUCCUAAAGCUGUCCAAGGUCAACCUACAGGAGAAGGCGUACCGGGAUGGUCUGGUGGAGCAGCUGUACGACCUCACCCUGGAGUACCUGCACAGCCAGGCCCAGAGCAUUGCCUUCCCCGAACUGGCGCUGCCCGCUGUGCUGCAGUUGAAAUCCUUCCUCCGGGAAUGCAAGGUGGCCAACUACUGUCGGCAGCUACGCCAGCUGCUAGAGAAGGUGCAGGAGAAUGCUGAGUAUAUCUGCAGUCGCCGCCAGAGGGCCUCCUUCGGUGUGGCUGACCAGCAUGCAGUGGACACCUGGGAGAAGCAGACCCGAGAAGAGGGGACACCUCUCACCAAGUACUAUAGCCAGUGGCGGAAGCUGAGAGAGCGAGAGAUCCAGCUGGAGAUCAGUGGCAAAGAGCGGCUGGAAGACCUGAACUUCCCAGAGAUAAAGCGGCGGAAAGUGGGAGGCAAUAAGAAUGAAGACAGAGUGGAAUUUAAGGACCUCUUUGAUCUGGACAGUGACGAGGAAGACAGUGCCAUGGAUUUCUCGGAGAGAGGGAUGCCUGGGUCCCCGAGAGCUUGGCAGAGGGUAGAGGAGGAAAAGGAGGAGGAGGAUGGCAGCCUUAGCAGCCAAGAGGAAAUCAGCAAUUCAAAGGAUGGAGACCCAGACACAGAGGUGGGGCUGCACCUCGGGGAGCUGUGGCGGCUGGCCCAGGGACCAGAGGAUGAGUUGGAGGAGCUACAGCUCUCUGAGGAGGAUUGA